CUUUCCCUUUCAGGAAAUGAUAACAGUGAAGCCCUUCCAGAGUCUAUCCCAUCUGCUCCUGGAACACUGCCUCAUUUUAUGGAGGAGCCAGAUGAUGCCUACAUAAUAAAAAGCAACCCCAUUGUCUUACGCUGCAAAGCUAUGCCAGCCAUGCAGAUUUUCUUCAAGUGCAACGGGGAAUGGGUCCAUCAGAACGAGCACGUGUCUGAGGAGAGCAUGGACGAGGCGACAGGACUGAAGGUUCGAGAGGUGUUCAUCAAUGUGACCAGGCAGCAGGUGGAAGAUUUUCAUGGGCCAGAAGAUUACUGGUGUCAGUGUGUUGCAUGGAGCCAUCUGGGGACCUCCAAGAGCAGGAAGGCGUCUGUCCGCAUAGCCUAUUUACGGAAGAACUUUGAGCAAGACCCACAAGGGAAGGAGGUUCCUAUCGAGGGGAUGAUCGUGCUGCACUGUCGGCCACCCGAGGGAGUCCCUGCAGCUGAGGUGGAAUGGCUGAAGAAUGAGGAGCCCAUAGAUUCCAACCUGGAUGAGAACAUUGACACCAGGGCAGACCACAACCUCAUCAUUCGCCAGGCACGUCUCUCUGACUCUGGGAACUACACCUGCAUGGCUGCCAACAUCGUUGCCAAGAGAAGGAGCAUGUCUGCCACUGUUGUGGUGUACGUCAAUGGAGGCUGGUCGUCGUGGACGGAGUGGUCCAGCUGCAACGCGCGGUGUGGCCGGGGCUGGCAGAAGAGAUCCCGGACCUGCACCAACCCCGCCCCGCUCAACGGAGGGGCCUUCUGUGAGGGGAUGUCCGUGCAGAAGAUCACCUGCACUUCUCUCUGUCCUGUGGAUGGCAGCUGGGAGGAGUGGAGCGAGUGGUCUGUGUGCAGCCCAGCCUGUGAGCAGCUGAGGGUCCGGGAGUGCAUCUCACCCCCCCCCAGGAACGGGGGCAAGUCCUGCGAGGGGCUGGGCCAGGAGUCAGAGAACUGCACCGAUGGGCUCUGCAUUCAAGAUAAAAAACCUCUUCAUGAAAUAAAAUCCCAAAAUCUGGAGGCUGCCAGUGACAUUGCCCUGUACUCGGGCCUGGGAGCAGCAGUCAUUGCUGUGGCCGUGCUGGUGGUCGGCGUCACCCUCUACAGACGGAGUCAGAGUGAGUACGGCGUGGAUGUGAUUGAUUCAUCUGCUCUGACAGGAGGCUUCCAGACAUUUAAUUUUAAAACAGUCAGACAAGGUAACUCCCUGCUGUUGAACUCCUCCAUGCAGCCAGACCUGACAGUGAGCAGGACGUACAGUGGCCCCAUCUGCCUGCAGGAUCCCAUGGACAAGGAGCUAAUGACAGAGUCAUCACUGUUCAACCCACUGUCUGACAUCAAAGUCAAAGUCCAGAGUUCGUUCAUGGUGUCCCUGGGGGUGACAGAGAGGGCUGAGUAUCACGGGAAGGCACAUUCUGGAACUUUUCCUCAUGGGAAUAACAGAGCCUUUGGUACAAUACAGGCUAGAAACAAAGCUACAUACAUUCAGAACCUGGCUUCUAUUUCAAAAACAAGUGAGCUGAAGACAACUGCUAUUUUUGGACACCUGGGUGGCCGUUUAGUGGUUCCAAACACAGGAGUCAGUCUGUUGAUACCACAUGGAGCUAUCCCUGAGGAGAGUUCCUGGGAAAUCUAUCUUGCCAUCACUCAAAAGGAAUCCAGCCUACAGCCAGAAGGCACCCACGUUCUUCUGGGACCAGAAGUAACCUGUGGGCCCUCAGAUGUGUCUGCCAGCACGCCCUUCGCCUUGACCAUACCACACUGUGCAGAAGUCAAUUCAGAGCACUGGAAUAUUCACUUGAAAAAAAGGACACAGCAAGGGAAAUGGGAGGAAGUGAUGUCUGUGGAAGAGGAAACUACUUCUUGCUACUGCCUGUUGGAUCCUUAUGCCUGUCACAUUCUCUUAAACAGCUUUGGAACUUAUGCUCUUAUUGGAGAACCCCUCUCUGACUGUGCCGUUCGACAGCUGAAAGUAGCGGUUUUUGGCUGCCUGUCUUGCAAUUCUCUGGAUUACAAUCUGAGAGUAUAUUGUAUGGAUAACACACCUUGUGCAUUUCAGGAAGUUGUUUCAGAUGAAAGACUCCAAGGUGGACAAUUACUGGAGGAACCAAAGCUUUUGCAUUUCAGAGGGAACACCUUCAGUCUUCAGAUAUCUGUCCUUGAUAUCCCUCCUUUCCUUUGGAGAAUUAAACCAUUUACUGCAUGUCAGGAGGUGCCAUUCUCACGUGUCUGGUGCAGCCGCCCGCGCCCGCUGCUCUGCGCCUUCUCCCUGGAGCGCUACACGCCCGCCACCACCCAGCUCUCCUGCAAGGUCUGCGUCCGGCAGCUCAAGGGCCACGAGCAAAUCCUGCAGAUCCAGACCUCCAUCCUCGAGAGCGAGAGGGAGGCCCUGGCUUUCCUCGCCCACGAUGACAGCAAGUUUAUGUAUCUCAGGAUGUACAAAUCCCUUGUUCCUUCUCCUGCUAAACUGAGCAGGAAUCUCUCCUAUUUUGCUACACAAAGCAGUCCCUCUGCUGUCAUCCUGGACCUCUGGGAAGCCCGACAUCAGCACGAUGGUGACCUUGACUCCCUAGCCUGUGCCCUGGAAGAGAUAGGAAGGACACACUCCAAAAUCUCAGACAUAACAGAAACUGAGGUUGAGGAGCCCGACUUCAACUACAGCAGACAAAACGGACUCUAG